CUACCUUCAGUAUUUAAUUUAAACUUCAGUCUACCAAUAGUUGAAUGAUCUAUUUUUAAAAAGUGUUAGAAUAACUCUUUGUUGACACACUCCUUUGUAUACGGAAAAGCCGUUUCCUCCCUCCCAUUUUGUUUGAUCUCUCAGUUAGUGUUGCUCUCGCUUGCUUGGUGUCACUUGCGUCCUUCUCCCAUUGGUCUUGCCCAACUCUUACAUCACCCCAUCUCUAAGUCCCAUGGAGAGGAAGCUUCUUGCUUAUGGACACUGGAGAAGAAGAGGAAGGCGACGUGGAGAAAGGAGAAAAAAACCCUAAAGAAUGGCAAUAUUGUAAUUUUACGCAUAUCAUAAACCCUAAUAAAUGGGUCAUUUGCUAAUUAGUUUUAAAAAUUAACAAAAUGAAAAGUGGGAGAAAAUGAUAUGAUCGCAAAUCGCAAGGGGUUGAAUCUGAAAGCCUUAUCCCCAAAUUUCUGUGCUCCAAGACAACUAGAAAUGAGUCUCCGAUUGCUUCCAAAUCCCGGCCAUCCCUCCCUCCAUCUUCGACGCAAUUGCCGCCUCUUCCACAACCUCCGCCCCACAAAUCAACCACCACCGCCACCAAUGGAGGUCGAAAUCAAACUCCGUCUCCCCGACUCUUCCUCUCACCACAAACUCUCCCACCUCCUCUCCUCUCACCACAUCAAAACCCACAAUCAACACAACUUCUUCUUCGACGGCCCCAACGCUGAGCUCUCCUCCAACCAAGCCGCCCUCCGUAUCCGAUUCUACAACGAAGAUUCCCACUGCGUCCUCUCUCUCAAAGCAAAACCCACAAUCUCCGACGGAAUCAGCCGCAUCGAGGAGGAGGAAGAGGCGUUGGAACCGUCGAUCGGCCGGGCGUGCGUGGAGGAGCCGAAUCGAAUGAUGUUGAUGGAAGAAUCGAAGAUUUUGGAGAGAGUGAAAGAGGAGUAUAGGAUUGAUGGGUUUGUGUGCUUGGGGGGAUUCAAGAACGUGAGAAGAGUGUAUGACUGGAAAGGAUUGAAAUUGGAAUUGGAUGAAACGAUAUUUGAAUUCGGAAGGAAUUAUGAAAUGGAAUGUGAGAGUGAAGAUGCGGAAAGAGAUAGGGAUUUGCUGGAAGGAUUUUUUAAAGAGAAUGGAAUUAGUUAUUCGUAUUCUCAAAGUUCUAAGUUAGCCAUUUUCCGAUCUGGGAAGUUGCCGCCAUUCUUCUGAAAUCUUUCUUCUUCCAUUUUCAUAAUGCCGUUGGCCGUCUCAGUUUGUUUCUUUAAAAUUCAACUUUUUAUUGAGAUUAAAUUAUAUAUUUAGUUUACACAAA